GUAGUGGAUGCACCUGCCGCGGCUCUCGCUCGAGUCGAUGUGGACUAUUUCCCCCUAAUCAUGAUGACUUCUGGAAGGACAAUAAAGCUUAUCCUGUAUGAAGUGAUAGAGUUUGCGUUUCUAUGUGUGCCUGUGUUUGUGGUUCUGGAGCGAUUCGCCUCGCUUAUACGCGCUGUGAAGUUUAACGACGCUACGGCUUAUUGGUUGGUGGUGGCAGCAUCCAUAGCCUAUGUGACCUCGGUGUCCCUGUUGGUCUGGGUGCCUCUGAAAUUCUUCGUUCUAAGGUCCAGGGGGAUCUUUAAAGAAGUCACUAACUGGAGACCUGUGACUCUAGCCCAUGCACUUCUCUGCACCCUCCCAUGUUUUGCUAUUCUCAUUGCCAGCUCAAAGGUUCAGUUGGACAGAGGAGUUUUAUGUGAUCACUUUAGUGAGCUUCCAGUCUCACUCGUGCUCUUUGCCCUCAUCUGCGUAGACAUUUUAGAAAGAAUUCGUCCAUACCCUCUGAGAGGACAAGCAGAUCUUCUGGACUUUGAUGUUCCUAGCCCUGUUCUGACUCACCUGGAGCACGUGUCCACAGUGUCAUCACAACUGCAGGCUAACAGAGGUGCAAAUGGAUCGGUGUUGAGGUCAGAAUUUAAGAGCACAGGCAUGGAUGGCGUCUCGCAUCCUUCAAGUAUGGCCUACCUGUAUUCCUCUGACUCACACUCUGGUUUUCUUCGAUUCAUCUGGGUUCGAGACCCUCGCCCUGAGGUCCUCCUGGACACAUUUAUGUUCUGGCUGGACACAGUGGAGAUGGUCCGAGUGGCUGGGGUUCAGGAGGUCUACAAAUCAAACUGGGUCUUUCCAAUCUAUAUCCUAAGCUUCUUCUCCAUUCUGCGUGUGGUUGUAACUCCUUACAAUCCAAUGCUGGCUUUUUUAGGGGUGGUAGUACAGGAAAUGCCCUUCCUGGUUUUACGGAUCUGCCUAGUCAUUGUCUUUGGUUAUGUAUCUCCGGUACUCUAUAUUAUGAAGAAUCUGCUCACAUGUCUGACUUUUGUUUACUUUAAUUUCCUGACCAAGCUGAAGGUGUUUAAUAGAGGAAGCUUGUUUUGAGACCUCACUAGGGGAAACUACCGAGGACUGGAACUUUGGA